GAAUUUGCAGAGGUGGCAUUGAGAGGUGUUGUAUUUGGGUUUGGACUUGUUUCCGCUCUUCUUAUUGCAACUGAUUCACAAGUGAGGACCAUCUUCUCUGUGGAGAAGAAGGCAAGGUUUACUGACAUGAAGGCCUUGGUGUUUUUGGUGGUGGCUAAUGGGUUGGCAGUAGUGUAUAGUUUGAUACAAGGAUUUAGAUGUAUUAUGAACAUGGUCAAAGGGGGCAUGUUAUUAAGCAAGCCAUUGGCUUGGGCAAUCUUCUCUUGUGAUCAGAUAAUGGCGUAUGUGACGGUGGCGGCUGUGGCUGCGGCGGCGCAGACGGCGGUGCUUGGAGACCUUGGCCAGAGACAACUACAAUGGAUGAAGAUAUGUAAUUUGUAUGGAAAGUUUUGCAACAAAGUUGGCGAAGGAAUUGUAAUUGCAUUUCUUGUGAGUUUGAGCAUGCAAUGCUUGUCUUGCAUCUCUGCCUUCAAACUCUUCAGACUCUAUAACAACAUCAACAAAUAGAAGAACUAAUGGCUCAUGUAUGUUUAGGUAAUAUGUAUUGAAAUUUUAUCAAAGUACAUAAUGGUACUUAAUUAGAGUAAAAAAAAUAUUUAUUUUGAUUCUUCUUCA